CGAAUCCCGGAAUAGUCUUGGCUCUAAAUUAUCAUAAUUAAUCCGGGUUGUCCCAAUGUAUAAAAAUACGGGACGUAACACCUGAGUACUGGAAACAUCCAGAAGAAUUCAUGCCCGAGAGAUUCUUGAACAGUAGAAUCGAUUUUAAAGGCCAAGAUUUUGAGUUGAUUCCAUUUGGAGCAGGCCGGAGAGGUUGUCCAGGUAUUGCACUUGGGAUUGCAACGGUGGAGCUUAUACUAUCAAACCUUCUAUAUGCAUUUGAUUGGGAGUUGCCUUUGGGGAUGAAGAUAGAAGAUAUCGACACAGAUAUUUUGCCUGGGAUUACUGUGCAUAAGAAAAAUGAUCUUUGCCUUGUCCCUAAAGUUAUAUGUAGCCUACACUAAUUUGUUUUUUAGUUCGUGCGGAACAUCAUGUGAAAUAAAUACAAAUAUUAGUAAGAAUGAUCUCCCCCCACCCCCGACCCCCCCCCCCCCACCCCCAUGCAAUAAUUAGUAAUGGAAAUAUCCUUUUUCGAUUAUGAAUUGAAUCAAACCACCGAAUGAUAUAUUCUUGAAAUGAAUAUAUCGACAGUUUUUCCUUUUGAGUUGAUAAGUUAAAUUUUGAUCAAGCAUUAUUUAUUCAAAAUAAUUUGUACUAAUUCAAAGCAUUUCCUAUAUGUUUGGUUAUGCACUGCCGUUGAUUAGAUUAUUUUUAGGAAGUUAUCAAUGAGUAAU